UCCCCCUCCGUUUCCGAGUGGAACAUUCCAGUGGCUGUGUGUGUGCUUGUUGUAGGACAGGGAGGGAGGGCGAGCAACAUGGCGUCUGAGCAGGAGAGCUCAAAUGGUCCGGUGAAGAAGUCCAUGCGGGAGAAGGCCAUUGAGCGAAGGACUGUCAGUAAGGAACACAACAGCAACUUCAAGGCUGGAUAUGUUCCCAUAGAGGAGGAAAGACUGCACAAGACAGGGCUGAGGGGUCGGAAAGGCAACAUUGCCGUGUGCAUCAUAGUCCUGCUUUUCCUGCUUGCACUCAUCAACCUCAUUAUAACUCUGGUGAUCUGGACAGUUAUUCGGAUCGGCCCUAAUGGCUGUGACAGCAUGGAGUUCCACGAGAGUGGCCUGCUGCGCUUCAAGCAGAAAGCUGACAUGGGGGUGGUCCGUCCGCUGUACAAGAGCACCGUGGGAGGCAGGAAGGACCAGGACCUUGUCAUCACUGGCAACAACAACCCAGUGGUGUUUCAACAAGGCAACACCAAGCUAAGUGUUGAGAAAGAUAAGACGUCUAUCACCAGUGACCUGGGCAUUUCCUUCACCGACCCACGCACACAAACCACCUUUUUCAGCACAGACUUCGAUAACCACGAGUUCCACCUGCCCAAACAGGUCAAAGUGCUCAACGUGAAGAAAGCCUCAACUGAAAGGAUCACCAGCAACGCAUCGUCCGAUCUCUUGAUCAAAGGUGACGGCAAGGCCAUCGUUCGUGGAAACGAGGGCGUCUUCAUCAUGGGCAAGAUGAUCGAGUUCAGGAUGGGGGGCGAUAUCGAGCUCAAAGCUGAGAACAGCAUUAUCCUGAAUGGCUCCGUGAUGUUCAGUCCAUCACUCAUCCCUGACACCUCUGUGGGAGGUGGGUUUAACUUCAACGAUGUUGAGAGGUACAAGCUCUGUAUGUGUGCCGACGGAACCCUUUUCAGAGUGCAGGUCAAAUACCCCAACAUGGGCUGCCAGACCACGGACAACCCCUGUAGAGUGGUGCACUGAAAGGAUGGGAAUUUCACAAGACUCCCUCACACACACGCACACACACCUGUUGAGAAUUGAUAACAGCUCUGCGAAAUAAAGUUUGUGUACUUCAACACAAAUUCAUGGUUAAGUAAAGAUUGAUCUAUAGCCGUAAUUACAUAAAACCUAAAUACACUCACAUUCUGAUUUUACCGUAUGUAAGGCAUUUAAGGGUAUUUAAGUCUUUUAAUAAUUACUCUGAACCUUUAACCCCACCUUACACAAACACUCUUCUUUUUAAUUACUUAACGACUUGGCCAAAGAACUCCCGGUGGUUUAUCAUUCAUUCACCUUGGCAUUUUUUAUGCUGUUGUUUUUUUUUUUUUUAAAGCUGAUUGCUCUUCCAUGCAGUAAGUUGAUAUGAAGAAUAGAUAAGUAUUUCUGCCAGUAUUAUAUCAAAUUAUAUCUUUAUUUUAUUUUUUAGUGUAGCAAUUUCUGAAAUCCGCAAUAUGUCCCAGAACACAUUUUGUCUGAUAAAAACUAUUGGGAAAAUCCAGGCAGCUUGUGGGUCAUGGAAUGUUACACAAGGUGUCAGAUACUUGAAAACUUGUAAAAGUUUUCAGCAGACGAGAAAAAUACUGUAAAGUAAGUGCAUUCAAAAAUAGAAGUAUAGAAGCAUCACCAGUUGAAUUGGAUCAAUUAACAAAAUGGAAAGUAAAUAAACAAGAGAAAUCUGAAUCGAAUUAAUAUUUGGUGUGACCACAUUUUCCAUGCAAAACAGUCAGUUCUUCUAGUUACACUUAAACGCAGAUUUUAAAGGAACUCUGCUCACUCACUUUUAAGCCUCAUACACAGCGGUUUCUGUUUUAGGUAAUGAAUCCCCGACAUUGUACAAGUGUACUUAGAAGUAUUAAUGCUGACGAAUGGAUUAAUGUGACGACUAUUUUUGAAAGCAUUCUCACUUUACGUGUCUAUAUAUAUAUAUAAACACACACAUGCAGGUAGCCCCGAAGUUUCGAUGGUUCGACUUAGGAUGGCGAUAGCAACACUACACAAUUGUAGUGUCUUCUGAUCUUUUGAUGUCUUGCCCUCGCCAGCUGCCGACAGAGUUCAGUUGUCUCUGUGUUAGAGCACGUAUAUGGUUCUGUGUUUUGGUGUUCCGAAGCCCAAUUUGAACUCUUGUCUCUUUCCUUUUUUAUCGGCUGAUCACCAUUCUCUUUAAGACUCCUGGGUAGGCUGGGCCAUGUCUCAACUUACCAUACUUUUAAGUUAUGAUGAGGUCAUCGCAUCUCGAUCGCAAGUCAGGGAUUUCCUGUGUUUAUAUACAGUGUAAACACAAACACACACACAUGCACUUCACUGUAAAACAAAUCAUCUCAGUUUACUUUUUUUAAGAAAAUAAAAUGUAUUAGCAAUAUAGAGUCUUUAAAAGGGAAGAAAUAUUCACUAUAUCACAUAACCUCGCAUUCAUAGGUCACUUAACCAACUGCUGUCAUCACGGAUUAUAGUAAAUAUCGGAUAAACUGACACUACUGGUUGGGGUUUUUUUUUCUUUCUAAAAUGUUUUGCAGUCUGACAGCCCAAUUACGUUUACUUUAUUUAACGGUGCCAUAUAAUUUUU